AAUUUGCUUUCUCGAAGCACAGAAGAGAGAGAGAGGAGAGAGAGUGAGUGAGGGUGGUGAGGAACAGUAGCUAAACAGUAUCACAGGGGGUGCAUAGGAUAAGCAUAGAAGUAUUGGUUUUUGGGGUUCCUUUUUUGUGAUUUCAAUGGUUGGUUUGUAUCAUUGAAUCUUGGGCUCGUGUUGUUUCCCUGCUAACCUACGCCUCGGGCUUGCUAAAGAUUUGAUUUUUUUGCUUCUGGGUUUGCCCAUUUGGUUAUUGAAAUGGGUGGUAAGGGAUUUAGCCGUGGCCACUGGAGGAGAGACUUGAAGGUGGUGGUGUUUUUAGCUUGUUUAUGGGGCUUGGUGUCGCUAUCGUGCGCCGGGAGGUUGUCUCCUUCGAAGCAGAAGCUUGAAGUUCAGAAGCACCUGAAAAGACUCAAUAAACCUCCGGCUAAAUCCAUUGAGAGCCCAGAUGGGGAUGUUAUUGAUUGCGUGCCCAUUACAAACCAGCCGGCUUUUGAUCAUCCUUACCUAAAAGACCACAAAAUCCAGACUAGACCUAGUUUCAAUCCAGAAGGACUCUUUGGGGAGAACAAGAUGUCGGUGGAGUCGAAACAAGGAGCAAAUCCAAUCACUCAGCUGUGGCAUAUGAAUGGAAAAUGCAGUGAGGGUACCAUUCCUAUUAGGAGAACUAAGAAGGAAGAUGUGUUGAGGGCAAGCUCUGUGAAAAGAUAUGGAAAGAAGAAGCACAGAAGCAUUCCCAAGCCGAGGUCGGCUGAUCCUGACUUCAUCAAUGAAAGUGGUCAUCAGCACGCGAUAGCUUAUGUGGAAGGGGACAAGUAUUUUGGAGCAAAGGCUACUAUUAAUGUUUGGGAGCCCAAAAUUCAACAGCCUAAUGAGUUCAGCUUGUCCCAAGUUUGGGUGUUGGGCGGUUCCUUUGGCGAAGAUCUUAACAGCAUCGAAGCUGGUUGGCAGGUUAGUCCAGAUCUCUAUGGAGACAACAAUACUAGAUUGUUCACUUAUUGGACUAGUGAUGCAUAUCAAGCCACGGGUUGCUACAAUCUUCUCUGCUCGGGGUUCAUUCAAGUCAGUAAUGAAAUAGCAAUGGGAGCUAGUAUCUCUCCUGUUUCUGGAUUUCGGAAUUCACAAUAUGAUAUUAGCAUUCUCAUCUGGAAGGAUCCGAAAGAGGGACAUUGGUGGAUGCAGUUUGGAAAUGACUACGUAUUGGGGUACUGGCCGUCCUUCUUGUUCUCCUACUUAGCCGACAGCGCCUCAAUGAUUGAGUGGGGCGGGGAGGUAGUGAACUCGGAGCCUGAUGGGAAGCACACCUCGACUCAAAUGGGCAGCGGUCAUUUCCCAGAAGAAGGCUUUGGCAAGUCGAGCUAUUUCCGGAACAUUCAAUAUGUGGACAGCUCCAACAAUCUUAAAGCCCCCAAAAAUCUCGGCACAUUCACUGAGCAAUCCAACUGCUACGAUAUUCAAACAGGCAGCAAUGGCGAUUGGGGAAGGUACUUUUACUAUGGUGGCCCUGGCAGGAACCCGAAUUGCUCAUGAACAAGCUAUAAUACAAGAAGAAAGAAAGAAAAAUGGAAAAACAAAGAAGAAAAGAAAAGGAAAGAGUGUUUGGAUCACUGUAUUAUUCAAUGUAGUCCUCCUCUCUCUGUGUACACCCCACCAUUUGUUUCUUGUUUUAGUUUUUGUUAGGUUUUUAUUGAGCAAUGAAACAUGUUUUUGGUGGGAACUUUUGACCCUUUUUGUGUGUUGUAGGUUUUCUCCAUCUUUGUAAGUGUCUGUAUUGGGGGAAGUAAGCUCUAGUUUCUUGAAAAUCAUGUAAGAAACUGGCCAUUUGUCA